GCUGAUUUAUCUAAGCAUAUUAUGUAUGUUGCUCUCGCCAACCUUAUUCUGUGCCCUUUAGUAUUUCUGUGGCAACUAAUGUUUUUAUUUUUCAACUAUGGUGAAAUGAUUAAGCGCGAACCAGGAACUUUAGGUGCUAGAGCCUGGUCACAAUACGCCCGCCUAUACUUGAGACAUUUUAAUGAGUUGGAUCAUGAGUUAAAUGCUAGGUUGACAAGGGCUUACAGACCUGCUGUUAGAUACAUUUCAGCUUUUUCUUCACCAUUAAUGACUGUGAUUGCAAGAAACAUAGCCUUCAUUGCUGGCGGUGUAUUGGCUACUCUUCUAAUAUUAACAGUUUAUGAUGAAGAUGUAUUAGCAGUCGAACAUGUUUUAUCUAUAAUGACAAUACUUGGGGCUGUAGUUGCUACAUGCAGAUUGUUUAUACCUGAUGAAAACUUAGUUUGGUGUCCUGAGCAACUACUAGCAGGUGUUCUAGCACAUGUUCAUUAUUUACCGGCAUCUUGGAGGGGAUACGCACACACUACAUCCGUGAGAGACUCUUUUAGUCAACUAUUUCAAUAUAAAGCUGUGUAUCUAUUUUAUGAGCUCAUCAGUCCACUAACAACACCUUUUAUAUUAUUAUUUUGGCUGCGACCGAAGGCAUUAGACAUAGUAGACUUCUAUCGGAACUUUACAGUUGCUGUUGUUGGAGUCGGAGAUGUAUGCUCAUUUGCACAAAUGGAUGUACGUAAGCAUGGCAAUCCCGAUUGGCAAACAAGCUCUCCAAAUGAGUCUCAAGUAGAUUAUGGAGGCCAUGCAAAACCCACAGUGAAUCAGUAUACUCAAGGAGAGCAUGGAAAAACUGAAUUGUCGUUAUUGCAUUUUGCUCUUACGAACCCAGAUUGGGCAAUGCCUCAUGAAGCACACAGAUUUGUUAGUGGCUUGAGACGAGGAGCUAUGCAUGAACUAAGAAAUGUUAAUGGUAACCAAGGUACUAUGAAUUUGGGGGCUAUGGGUUUUUCAUUGAAUACUUUAAGUAGUUUAGGUGAAGAAUACGCUUCAAUUGCCAAUUCAAUUUUGGUCUCAAACUAUAAACUGCCAGGAACAAAUAACUUAUAUGCGCCAGGAUUUAAAUUAUCUGAAAUUCAACCUGAUACUUCCAUGGUGACCCCUGCUUUUAAUACAAGCAUGCUGAGACGUGGUUUGAAUAGAGUUGAAGGUAACAUUGGAGGAAAUAGCAGUCUUCUAUUAAACUUACAAUGCAAUAAUAGUUUAGGAGCUUCAGUUUUCGGACAAGGAAACACGAUCUCUAGACCAUUGAGUAAUACUGGUAAUCCAUUAGAAAGUAAUAUUGCUGAUAUGAGUCUUAGUACUUUAUAUUUGCACGAGAUGCACCACAGACAAUUAAAAAGACGUGUUGGUUGGAAUGAGCAAAGACCUUCAAAUAUAUGGUCUCAAUCUCAAAAUUUAAGUUCCGAUAUACAAAAUACUUCAUUGAGGAACCAACCAUCAACUUCGACUCAAAGAACAGUAGAAUGCGAAAAGAUGCCAUUGUUGAGUGCGAAGAAGUCAUAUAUGGAACAAUAUAUCAACAAUAUUAUUGUGAUUGAGUCUGUGGUUAAAGAUAAAACAUUGUUGAGAAUAAUAUAUAGAAGAGAUGCUACUUUAAGAAAAACCGAACUUAACUUUUAUUCAUUCCAACACUUGCUUCUGUCUGGUCCCCCGCAUUUAUGCGUUUGGUGUCCGAAACCGAGGCAUCUAAAGCAGCGGGCUACUUUAACAACUGGGCGAAUGCGACAGUUAACCCACCCAAUUCUUAUGCGGGCCCCAUUUAGGGCUUUGAUUGCAUUAGCCUCGUCUAUCUCACAGAAGGCCGCUCGUUGUCCUCUUGAUGUGACUUUGGUCAAGUUCACUCGUCGUAUUUCCAGUUUUGUCGUAAAGUCCCGAAUGAGUGCUUUGCGAACGUCAUUUUCGGUAGAGACACCAUCAAGGUCAAGAAUCUCUAUCGUCGUCAGCGGCGUCAGUGAUUUCACUGUUCCUAUGUUUUCAGUUGCUGCCCUUAUCGCAGCUGCAAAGGCUGCACUAUCUUCGGACUUGGGACUCAUUUCCAGUAAUACACCUCCAUUUCUUGUCUGUUUGAUGGACUUUAUGUCCACGCCAGUCUCUGUCGGGUUUACUUUUUCUUUGAUCUCCUUAAGGAUGUCAGCGUACGUUCGUCCUUCAGCUGGUUGA